AGCUGUUCUCUGUCUCUCGAGAAAUUUCAAGCCUGUCUCUGGGUCUCGUCCUCUCGGGCACACUCCAUAGUCCGGAUCGCAUGGACUGGUCAACCCUCCCCGCCGAUCUGGUCCGCCUCGUCGCCGGCCACCUUCACGACCCGCUCGACUUCCUCCACCUCCGCGCGGUCUGCCGCUCCUGGCGCUCCGCCGCUGCAUCCACGCCCCCUCCCCCCUUCCUCCCCUGGCUCCUCGCCCGCCCGACCGCCCACCCCACCUCCUCCCUUUCCUUCUUUUCCCUCGCCUCCGGCGCCGCCCGUUCCGUCCCCGCCCCCUCGUCCUCCCACCGCCUCCUCGGCCCCACCCGCUCUCACCUCCUCUUCUCCGACACCUCCCACCGCCUCCUCCUCCUCAACCCCCUCACCGGCGCUCGGCUCCCCCUCCCCGACUCCCCUUUCCCCACCUCCAGCCCCGUCAUCCAGGGCUACCACAUUCCCACCGCCGCCGAUGGCGACUCUCCGGCUCCGGUGGUGCUGUACAGCGCCAGGAAGCUUUUCUUCCACUUCGAUUUCAUGGCUGGGGGUGAACCGACAACGAAGCCUGUGGAUAGGGAUGGUUGGACGGAGGUGCCGGUGCAGGACCUCGUCGCCGAGAACAUGUACCACGACGGGAAGCUAUUCGUGUGCGACGACCGCGGCCAAGUCACUAUCUUCGACGCGUCCACGCUGGCCGUGGUCGGCGCCGUGCCGCCGCCGCCGCCACCUGCAGCGCCUCCGCGCAGGGACGCCUUCAAGUGCACGGCCUUGGUGCCGUCCGGGCAUGAGUUGCUGUGCGUGAUCCGGUACUUCGCCAGGGACGGGCAUGGAGAGUUGCUGGAGGAUUGCGGCGCUGGGUUGGAGGUGUACCGUCUGGAGAUGGAGAUUGAGAAAGAGGACCAGUUGCCACAGUGGCGGUGGAUUCGGCUGAGGAGCAUUGGUGAUAGGAUGUUGUUUAUUGGGCUGUUCCAGGGGUUCUCGUUCAGCACAGCCGAUUUCCCUGGGUUUAAGGGGGAUUGCAUCUAUUUCUUCAAGAUGGAGAGGGUCAAGAGGUCUUGCAUCUACAGGUUUAGCAUGGAGGAUGGCCGCACCGAGGAGCUGCCUGGCCCAUGGAUGCAUGCUUGCACUUGGUUUGUGCCGAGCUUGUCUUAGCACUUUCUAUGGAUGAACGAGGUAAGCUUUCAUUACCUGUACAAUGUGCUUGAAGGCUGAUCCUUGUUUGCUUGAGUAAGGAAUAAAUGUUAAUCUUCAAUGCAAUGUUGUGAAACCAUUGCCCAUGCAUGCUGCUGUGUGCUGGCACACAUACAAUUGUUUGGUGAAGCAGAGAUGGUUAAAAAAAUGUGUUGAGUGAUAGGCGAAUGUGAAUCAAAAGAUCGAAUAGCCUGUUGAUUGGUUGUGUACAUUUCAAAUAAGAUAUGGACAGUUUCUCUGGGGUUUUAGUUCAUCCAGUACUGUAAUAAAAUAAACCUACUAAAGUCUGGCACGUAAGUUGUAAGGUUUUGUAAGGCUUCAGCCUUAUACAAUUUUUUUCUACUUUAAUGAAAUGAUAAACAGUGUUUUUGUUUACUUGAGAAAUAUGCCUUUAAUUACUUUUGUUCUUGCUUAAUAUUGCUGCAAUAUUAUCGAGCUAUGGCAAGUCCUUCAAUUUUCUUUACUGGGUGUGCAAGGAAUUGUCACUCAUUAGAUGUUCCUAUACUCUUCCUGCUGACAUAUCAUAUGAGAAUUUGUCGUUACUUAGCUGUUGGUUAUUUAGUGUCGUUAGAAAAUAUUCUUUUUUUCCUUAGUGCUAAUAGAAACUACUAUCCUUUAGUGCUUUAGAAAAUACUACCAUUUUGAUAAAAUAUCCCAUUAAUAUCAUGUUGAGUUAACCCAGAAUUAUGAUGUGACAUUAGUUGAAUUUAAGAUUUAUAAAUAAUGCAUAAUUUUUUUUCUGUAUGAACCCUGUUGCUUCAUGCUAGGUUUGUGCAAGUAGAAUCACAAAUCCUGUUGCUUCUUAUCUUGUAAUCAGUUAAAGACAUGAAGUUAUCUUGUGACAUGUAUUGUAUCACUUGUUAUUAAACAAUGCCAUUUUUUUAUCUUAAAUUGUGUAAGCUUGCUGCAAUGAUAUGACCUGAUGUAAUAUUCAGUUCAUGAUUCCCACUUAAAGAAGACUAUUAUUAUGUGGCUAUUCAAACUGUUUCCAUCGAGCUUUCAUGACCCAAAUUCUGAUGUUUUCUUGGUAGAUUUAACACUGUUUUCUUUUUUUUGUUAGCCUGAAAAUAGAUGCACUUCCGAAAGAUUUAUUUUAGACCCUACUAGUAUUUACGUGUUUAUUGAUUUUCAUUGUUAUUGUGAAGUGAUCUAAACAAAGGUGAAUUUUCAGACCUCUUCCAAGCACAGGGAAUUUUCAUUUAUACCAACAUUUGAGGGGGCACUUUUCAUCAAUGCCACCAGGCUAAUCAAUGACAUGUGGGGUCUGGCUCUACAUGUCAUUGAGACAGCCUUGUGGUAUAGAUGAAAGUCACCUCAAGUGGUGGUAAAGAUGAAAAUUUUCCUUAAGAAUUUUCAACGAGGCUAUCGAUUUUUUGUCCCAUCUAUGUUUUGUAGGAAGGAAUCCUUGUUUUCUUCUGUCCCUUUUUUUGGACAGCUAAAGGGAACAUUUUAUGGUUCCCCUGAAGUGUUUAGCAAGGCUUAGAAAUCCUUGAAUAGUUGCUAGAUUUGGCACCCUAAAACACAAAUAAAAGCUGGAUAGCAAAUAGUUAUUCUUGGCCUGGCCCUCCUGCAGUUUUGCCUGGGUUAUCCUUCUGUGGAGAUUCUGACAGAUCUGCAAUAUUAUAUUGCACUAGUCAGAAUGUCAUCAGUCCAAGGUUUGUACAGCUCCUAUUGAGCUAUCUAAUUCAUUGUUCAUCAUCCAAGAAAACCAUAGAACGACAUAUUAGGAGUACAAAAUCGUGGAAGAGAAAUACGGAAACAGUUGAUGCAAUUAUAUGAAGGCUGGAGCUGGCAUUUGCAGCACGAGAAGUGGAGGGAUGUAGAUUGGAUGAAUAUCAAUAUUGAUAGAAUCUUUAUUGAACAGUCAUGGCACAGAAGUCGUUGGAUUUGUGGCCCAUGGUGAAAAGGAAGGUGAGAUAUUUCCUAUACGGAGCUUUUCUUGAUCCUCCCCAACAGAAGUUAAAGCAUUGACCUAUGAGGAGGGUAUCUAUUUGGUGGUUCCGCAUGUACGUACCGCAUUGUUUUUGAGAACUGCAGCAGGUUGGAGCAUGAUUUCGAGCUGACAAGCUUACAUGAUACGUCCAUCAUGGAGAUCACCUUGGAGGUUGGAGCACCAAGGAACUGUCGCAGACCUGCCAGAAGGUUAAGGUUCUGCUUUCAAGCAACUCCCAGUUGCCGCCCGCACGUCGUCUCCCUGUCGCCGCAUGUCCUGGUAAAUCCUGUAGGCCAAUCAAGAGGUUGUACACAUAUAUUAGAUGAGAGCCGCUUGAUGACUCCGGUUAGCAGAUCUUUUGGGCACCAGUUUGGGCUUCAGAAGAGCAACUGUUUUUGGUACAAGCUAGGAGCGUGAGGGGAAAUUCAGCCUGUUCUUGAUCAUCUCAUUUUGUGCAGGGACUAUCGUUUUGAUGGAAUCAUCCGGGUCAAUGCGGGAUAGGAAACCUUUUACAGAUCUCACCAACACAACAAUCCAAGGUACGCAAACCCCACAUCAUGUAGAUCCUAAGGAACGUGAUAGAGAGCGCAAGAAAUUCCUAGUUGCAACAAUGUCUGAUGAGAAGAGGAUCGAAUAUAACCGUACAAUCCGUGAGAGGCGUAUGAGGAGAAAAACUGAACAGGGUGCCAUUCAGCACAUUCCAAACCAUCAUCAAGAUGACACUGUACACAUGGAGGCAGAUGAAAACGAUGGCUGGCUCCAUAGGGGAGAUUUGGGAGAAAAUAAAUACAAACUUUAUGUGGGGACAACUGAAUCAGGUGCGCCUGCACACUUUUGUUGUUUUGGAAAACAUGAAUGUUUUAGAAGGUGCUUUAUUUUUAUGAUCUUUUAAAGAUGGAGAUGUUGGUUUAAUCAAUGAUGAGGCUCCAUGUGGUGAGAUGGAAGAUUUAUGUGAUCAGAGUUGUAUCAGCCCUCUGUGUGAAGGAGGUAACCUGUGCUUAAUAAUCAUAUGAUAUGGCUAUGAUUUCAGGAAUUUCUAACUCUAAAACGAAUAUCAAAUGUUGUAUCCAAUAUACUAAAAUGUGGGUGUGUACCUACCCGCCUCUGUGUUCUCUCAUGGUUAGUUGUAUGUUGCUAUGUCUAGAGCUACAGCUAGAACGAAUAUCAAAAUCCUCGCCCUCCCACCUAACGCAGAGGCAGACGAGGAACAUACUAAAAGGAAGGAAAAGAAAAAAGCUUCUAAGAAAGUGAACGGCCAGGGUAAUCAAAAUAACAAUGAACAAAAAGGUACAUCAGUGAAGAAGAAAAGGGUACCAAUUGUAGAUGGCACGUAUACGAAGAAUAUUGUAUACAAGGAGGUUCUAACACCAUAGGCGAGGUAUUUAGGUUGAAGUGAUUGCUUAAUGUUGUCACAUGAUGUAACUGUAUGGGAAAUUUCACGUAUACUGAAAAACUGGAUUACAUCACAUGACUAUACAUGACGUUUGGGACGUUUGGGACAUGCUAAUUAGUUCAAUAUUUAUGUUUCGUCAAACAUUUUUCUGUUUCCUGUGCACAUCGAAAAAGUGAGUAGAUAUGCUUUGUUGUACGUUCCUUUGUAUUCGUACUUAUUCCACAUAAUUAUUGUCCUGCU